UGCAGCUGAGCUGCGUGCAUGGCUUGGCGCGUGACUGUGCCAGAGCUACAGGACCAGCUGCAGUGUCCCAUUUGCCUGGAGGUCUUCAAGGAGCCUCUGAUGCUACAGUGCGGCCACUCCUACUGCAAAGGUUGCCUGGACUCCUUGUCCCAACACCUGGACUCCGAGCUGCGCUGUCCUGUGUGUCGCCAGUCGGUAGACUGCAGCAGCUCCCCGCCUAAUGUCUCCUUGGCACGGGUGAUCGAUGCCCUGAGGCUCCCGGGGGAUACAGAGCCCACCGUCUGCGUGCACCACCGAAACCCUCUCAGCCUCUUCUGUGAGAAAGACCAGGAGUUCAUCUGUGGUCUCUGUGGCCUGCUGGGCUCCCACCAACACCACAGAGUCACACCAGUCUCCACUGUCUACAGCCGCAUGAAGGAAGAACUCGCAGGCCGCAUAUCUGAGCUGAAGGAGGAACAGAGGAAGGUGGAGGAGCACAUUGGCAAAUUGGUGAACAACAGGACCCGGAUUAUGAAUGAGUCCGAUGUCUUCAGCUGGGUGAUCCGAAGAGAGUUCCAGGAGUUGCAUCACCUGGUGGAUGAAGAGAAAGCCCGCUGCCUGGAGGGGGUGGAGGCUCACACUCGUGGCCUGGUGGCUUCCCUGGACAUGCAGCUGGAGCAAGCUCAGGGUACUCAGGAGCGACUGAUCCAGGCUGGGCAGGUGCUGGAGCAGUUCGGUAAUGAGAGUCACCAUGAGUUCAUCCGGUUCUACUCCAUAGUCUCCAGGGCGGAGGUCCAGCAGGCCCGGCCGCUGGAAGGCACAUUCGGCCCCAUAGCCUUCAAGCCGGGUCUCCACCAGGCCGACAUCAAACUGACUGUGUGGAAGAGACUCUUCCGGAAAGUUCUGCCAGCUCCAGAAUCUCUCAAGCUCGACCCAGCUACUGCCCACCCUCUCCUGGAGCUCUCUAAGGGCAACACCGUGGUACACUGUGGCCUCCUUGCCCAGAGACGGGCCAGCCAGCCCGAGCGCUUCGACUACAGCACCUGCGUCCUGGCCAGCAAGGGCUUCUCUUGGGGUCGCCACUACUGGGAGGUGGUGGUGGGUAGCAAGAGCGACUGGCGCCUGGGAGUCAUCAAGGGCACAGCCAGCAGAAAGGGCAAGCUGAGCAAAUCCCCAGAGCACGGGGUAUGGCUGAUCGGCCUCAAAGAGGGCCGGGUGUAUGAGGCUUUUGGCUGCCCACGGCUGCCACUGCCUGUGGCCGGCCACCCCCACCGCAUCGGCGUCUACUUACACUACGAGCAGGGUGAACUGACGUUCUUCGAUGCCGACCGCCCCGAUGAUCUGCGGACACUCUACACCUUCCAGGCUGACUUCCAGGGCAAGCUGUACCCCAUCCUGGACACCUGUUGGCAUGAGAGGGGCAGCAACUCACUGCCUAUGGUAUUGCCCCCACCCAGUGGGCCUGGCCACCUCACCCCUGCACAGCUAUAGGCUGCCCUGGUGCUGUCUGCUCAUUGGCCCAUCCUGCUAGACACAGGAAUUUGAGCAGUUCUGCAGGCCUUAAAAGAAGAGUUUGGACUGCUUGAGAAGUUCCUUCACACAUGCAUGUCCCUGGAACAUUUCCAGGUCCUGUAUCCACCCAACCUACUGAGCAACACUGUCCCUCCCAACUCUUCCAGCAGAGGGCAGAAACAU